AUGAUCCAACAAUUAUUGAUGAUCGUGAUCAUCAGAAUUGGACGACAUUACAUUAUUCUUGUUACAAUGAACAUAUUCUUAUUGAAAUAUAAUCCAAAUAUAAAUAUUAAAGAUAAAUAUUUUUCUCAAACAGCAGUACAAUUUGCGAUAUAUCGACAAUUUCAUGAAAUUGUCAAAUUAUUCAAUGUGACAUUGAAGGAAAAUGUUGAAGAUGUUUCAAAAGCAAAAAAUAUUCCUAUUUUUCGAAAAAAAUCAAAUUUAUUUCUUGGAAAAUACAAAUUAACCGAAAAUCAAAUGAAACAAAUCAAAUUUCCAUUUUCGAAUUCUAUUUACACNUUUAUUAUGUUGGACAAAGCAUUGCUUAAUAUCGUAUAUGAUUAUGAUUUUACAUCAGAAAAUGAAAUAAACAAAAUUGAAUAUCGUGGUCCAGAACGUUACUUUCGACCACGUGGAUGGUAUCGAAUUGCCAUUGAUGUUCUUCGAAAAUAUAAAGAUACUACUUGGUUAGGUAUUGAUAAAAAUGCAUGGCCAGUUGCUUAUCAUGGUACAGCAAGUGAUAAUGCUCGAAAGAUUUUAUGUAAUGGAUUAUUAGCUGGUGGAAGUCAAGGUAUUCAACAAUUGAAUGGUGAAGUUCAUGGAAAAGGAAUCUAUUUAUCGCCUUAUUCAACAUAUUCAGGAAAUGAACGUUAUGCUAGACCAUUAACAAUGGAUGGAAAACGAUAUCAGGUGAUAUUUCAAGUCAGAGUUGAAUCUAGUGAAAUUAUCAAAACAACAAAUAGAUUGGUUUGGGUUUGUCGUAAUCCAAGUGCAAUACGACCUUAUGGAAUUCUUUACAGAGAAAUCAACGAACAAUAA